AUGAAGAAUCAAAAGAGACCAGGAAGACCUAAAGUGAGGUCAGCUGUGGUACUUGCUGACAAAUCAUCGAAUUCAGCGGAUACAAAGCAUACUUCAAUACCUCGUUACAAUCGCAUUGCCUCAGGACAGGACGCCGACCUCAACACUCAAUGUAUGAAGAUGAGCCAUCACGAGGAGGUCAAUUCUAGAGAAGAUGAAAAAGAGAAUGACAUAGACGAAUUGUUGUCUUCUCCUAUCAAGAGGUCCUCAUAUGAGAGUCCUCUUCAAUCUAGGUAUUUGGAAUCUUCGUCACCAAUCAGAAAGAAAAAAACAGUAGCAUUUUCAGAUGAAUUAUUAAGUGAUAUGCCUAGCUCCCCUGAUAAAUUCAGUACCCCGAAAAGAUCUAUCUUGAAACCUACUCAUGGCGGGUGUAACCAACUGAUUGAUCCUAAUAACACAGCUCUUUGGUCCAAGCAGUCUGGCAAUGGUCGAGAUCUGUAUUGGCCAGGCAAUAACAAUUUUUGGUUACAAGGCACUGUAAUUCAGUUGCCACAUGGGUCUCCUGAAUUACCACAGUUAAUUCAAGGUUGCCUUCGUGUGCUUAGUGAUGAAUCAUUUAAUAAGAGGUUUGAAGUUUAUGCAACCUUAAACAGUCUUAAUAAAUCUGAAAAUGAAGCCUUACGUAAAAUAUUUGGAGCAAGCAGACAAAUAAUUAAUGGUAAAACCCAAGUAUUUCAACCUACAGUAAGGUAUUCUGAUAACAAUAUUGUCAGUGAACUAACGUCGUAUAUUCGAAAGGAUAUAAUAAAGUAUGAAUCGAUAUUAUUCCCCGCGGAGAUUGAGAAAGAAAACCAGAGAAGUAAGUCCAAAAAUGAUCCCUUCAGUAUUAGAGUCAUUUCACAAGCUCUUAGAUUAAUUGGUAAUUUUAUUUCUGAUCCCGAGUUAAAUUUGUUGAUACCUGCUGAUGACAUCAAGUGGUUUUUUUUACAUUCUUGCUCCACUAUAGUUACUACAACCACUUCCAAGGCCCUAGUAGCAUCGUAUUUGGGAAUCAUAAAAGAAUACAAUUUUAGCAUUAAGAAAAAAAGAAUAGUUUUUGAAAACUCUGAUCUUCCGGAACGGAUCUUGUUUAGUCUUCUUAAUAUGAAGAGUUUUCCAAGCCCCUCAAUCCUCACAGAAAGAUUUAUAAGUAUCAGAAAUUUGGUACAAACCUUUCCUAGCAUGAUGUCAAAAAAUUUUAGACAUUGGUUCGGCUUGUUAUUGAUCAAUGUUUGUUCACUUACCUCACAAGCUUAUUACAAGUGUAUGGCGAUUGGUUCUCUGGUAUUAUUAGAAAUUUCAAAGCACUUUCUUGACAACAAGAAUGCAAUGUUGCAGGUUGAUUCUUUUUUGGAAUCAAAUUUACCCAAGAAUUUCAAGUCUUUCUUUUCAGAAGGAAGUAUUUUUGAAGCCGAUCUGGAUAUAUUGGCUAUGGAGUAUGUCAAUUCAGGUCUAAGAACAAUGAUUAACAAUGGUCAAUCAAAGCCUGCAAUGGAAAUAUGGAUGGCUAUAACAUUGUUAUGCAAUUCGGGAAACUCUGGCUUUGAAGCUUGGUGCUUUCUUUCAAGAUGGAUGGAGAUUCAAAAUGCUUGUUUUCAAGGACAUGGAAACUCAGCAAAGUUAUUAGCAAUUACAUCCUUCAAGACGGUAGUCUACAGAGUGUGUCACAAUGACUUGUCAAAUACGCAAAAGUUCUUUGAUACUCAACUUCAAGGUGGGAAACAAAAAUCUCAAAUUAUAAAUAAUACCUUCAAACCGAAAGUAAGAUUACUAACUCACGCGAUACUAAAUGUGUCGGAAAUUGAAGAUCAAAAGGAUCUUAUUGACGGGCUACAUGAUUUGUUUCUUUGUAUUAUAUAUACGUUGGUGAACCCUAUGUCGCAGAAGUCAUCAACGAAGUACAUGCAUAUUUAUUGGGACAGGAUUUUGCAGCCUGUUUUAAUGUUUUUUUACUUCAAAAGAGGAAGCUCUAGUCCUUAUAUGAAUAAUCUAGGGUUCAAUCUAUUAACUAAAUUGUUAAAAAAUUCAACUGCUUCACUUGGGAAAUCUCAUAAUGAGUUCAGAUGUCUUUCAAGUGAGCCAAUUUCACUAAAUGAAUUAGCUCCUUUGCCUUCCAGAUGGAUAUAUAAUCAUUUUGAUAAAUUGAUACCUUGUGUCACAGUCAUCUUACAGUUAGAACUAAUAUUUGUUGAGCAAAAGGUAGAAUUAAUCACAGAACUUUUAAAUACUAUCAAAUUAUCUACAAAAAAAGAGAUCAAAGUCUCGCAAAGUACUUUUGAUAUUAUUGAUAGUAUGCCAAUUAUUUUGGAUGUUCUAUUCAAGCAUUCUAAUGUUUCAUCGGAGGCCACAAGCAAAUUGGUAAUCUCUUUGCGUGAGACGUUUGAUUCAUCUUCUUUAGUGAGACACACUAACAGAUCAGGCUAUACUUCUAGUUCCUAUCUAACUAUAAUAGAGAAUUAUAAUAUCAAGGUGGGAGAUGAUCAAUUGAAAGAGUUAUUGGAUUUAAUUUUAUCAGGACUUGCGAAGGCAGACAGUAUGGCUUUAUUACAAGAUUUGACAAAACUUUUCAAGGAAACUAAAGAAAGUGAGUCCAGUCAUAAGCUUAAGAUGAUUGUGAACUUUAUUUCUGUCGUUACUGAAACAGACUUUGAAACAUGUAAGGAUAUUAGUGGAAUUCUUGACAACGAGUCAGAAGAUAUAGCGAAAAAACUUAUUGAGUUUGCAACUGCAAAGAGUAACGUUGAUGAAGCGUCGAAACUUUUGAAGAGCUUGGAUGUUCACACAUGGUCUUUACGGAUGUUUGAAUAUUACAUUUCAUUGUCGCAUAACAUGCUGUGUGAAUUGCUUAAAGCUCACACGAAUUCUUUAAUGAAACAAAAGCUUGAGAAUUAUGAUUCAUUUGUUUACUUUUUCAAGUUUUUAAUUUAUAAUAGAUAUGACUCGGAAAUUCUGGCCUUGGUAGGAGACAUAAUCAGAAAACUUAAUGAUAUUCAAGGCUUUCAUCGUUUUGAAAUUUCGCAAAUUUGGAAAGACUAUCUUUCGAAUCUCCUGAAAAGCGACAACUUUGAGAUACUUGACAAUGUACUUGUUGUUACAUAUGAACAAUCAGAAAUUGAUGUGAAGCCUUAUGUAAGGAAUAAUUGGGCUAAAUUGCCUUCUUUAAAGAGAUGCUGGUUAGAUCGUAACUCGGAGCUUCAUAUUGAUAAGGCAUUAAGCAGCUUUCAAGAAUCAGAGCACAAGAAGGAAACUGGUGAGAGCUCGACUAAUGUCUUAUCCAAAUUCUGCAACAGUCGCCCGAGGGGCCGCCCUAAAGGUCGGUUAAGUCGCAGGAGGAAAGCUAAUAGCGAUAGCUCUUCUAUACCUGCACAAGAGUACAAGAGUAAAACAAAAACUAGUUCUGAAGACUAUGAAGGGUAUCAGCAAGAGAAUAAGGGAUUGGACUCAAAUGAACUGUGUAAUGAUAGGGAGAGGGAGAGUCACAACUUUAAUCUUCACAGUUUCACAGCUCUAGUUACAAGCAAGCUAUCAUCAGUCGUUGAUCAAAGCAUCGACCAAAGCGACGCAAAAACUAAAAUACCCGCCAAUACUAUUUAUGAUAAUUCUCUCCAGUCACCAAGGGAGAACUCUGCAAUACAUACAAGUGAAGAAUAUUCAAUAUCAAAUGACGUCGAAAAUAGUUUUAAUCUCAAAAAAGACACCAAAAAGGCAAACUCAGAAUCCCUGCUCGAAAAUAGAAAUACUCUUGAUAAAAGGAAGUUUUUAGAGAGUGAAGGGGAUAUGUCAAUACCCAAGAAGGCGAAGGUCUCAGAGCGCAUUGAUGAAUUUCAAAAAUAUGAGAAUUCAAACGGGGAUUCAUCCCCGAGAUCUGAAAGCGAUAUAGGCAGUUAUGAAAGUAAUGGUCUUAUGACUCCAAAUGACAGCAUGGAUGAAGAGAAUGCUUUUUCAAGACGAAUCCAAUCAUCUUUUCUAAUGACUGAUAAGAAUGAUGGUUCUAUGACUUCACUUGAAUCACUACUUGAUGGCUCGAUUUCACCAGAUGAAGCAGAUGGUUUUCAAGAGACUGGUAGUAUUAUCAGCCUCAACGAUGGUUCUCCGCAGACUGCAAAACCAUCAAAACACACAAAAAAAAGACCCAAUCAUUAUACAAUCACAGAACUGAGAACCAGUCCUGAAAAGAGCAAACUUAUAGAAAACUCUCCGAAGAGCUCGCUGUCUAAAGAGAAUCUCCUUUUAAGAUCUACGAAUUUGUCUAGCCAAUUUAGUACUUCUUCAAAAGAGUCAAGUGAGAGCAACGAUAAUGUCGUUUCCCUGGUUACUUCUACCUCAAAAGACUGCCCUGAGUUGGUUCGAGAGGCACCACUGAAAUCCUUAUCAGAACGUGGUGAUUUCGGUCUGAUAUCGAGUAUUUUGGAUGCAAUUCUGGAUGAGGAAAUAUCGAAACUAACUGCUGAUGAAAAGCAUCAACUCGAAACAAGGCUUAUGCAAUUGAUGCUCAGAAUGAGAAGUAUUCCACCUCAGAGCUAA